UAUAUUAUGAGUCAAAACAACUCGGUUCUCCAAUUCACUUUGGGUCUGCAUUGGGAGAUUACUGCUCGCGUCUACUCCAAAUGAAAACGAUGAUGUUGAUGCGGAUCAUAGUGUUGAUUGUUGGAUUCUUUGGCCUGGCAUCAGCAGCAGGGACUUGGGGUUAUGGCAAGACUAAUGGUGAAGUGUAUGGACCAUCAGACUGGGGUCACGUGUCCGAAGAUUGCAAUGGUCGUGCCCAGUCUCCAGUUAACAUCGUCCGUGAUGAAGUCAAAGAUGAUGAUGAUGAUGAUAAUAGCUUGCGUCCACUGCGUGUAAACUUUCAGUAUGUUUCUGGGACUGUAAAAGGAACUCUGGUCAACAAUGGGCAUUCGCCAACUUUCAAUGUGGAGAAAGGUGGAGCAAGUGUGAUCAAUCCAGUUAAUGGACAGAAGUACGUCCUUGCACAGUUUCACUUUCAUUUCGGAUGUACUGAUGACGUUGGUUCAGAGCACACGAUUGAUGGCAAGUCUUACCCAGGAGAGCUUCACCUGGUGUUCUACAACGCCAAAUAUGACCACAUUUCCACCGCUGCUACCAAAUCAGACGGCUUGACAGUGAUUGGUGUUUUCCUGAACAAGAGCUAUUUCGGACUAGACUAUAGCAUGUAUAAGUUAACAAGAAGCAUCAGAAAGAUCAAAGCAGAAGGUGCAAAAGUAUCAAUCUAUGUCAAACUGGAGCGCUUAAUUCGUGGUUUGUCGUCUGGUAGCAGAUCAUACUAUACAUACAAAGGAUCCCUGACCACACCUGGAUGCUAUGAGUCUGUUAGAUGGGUGGUGCUCAAGAGUCCUAUUAGCGUGAAUCAAAACGAUCUGAAUAUUUUCAGAAGCCUUCAAGCUACACAUGGCUACCAUCACGGCAAAAUGUGCAACAAUUACAGACCCACCCUACCCCUCAACGGCAGAAAGGUCUAUGGUUACGAGUCAUAUGUUCGAGUAGUUGACAACGAGACGAAGACAGUAAAUAUCAUAGAUAUGAGUUGUCCUUGGAUAGAGAACAGGAAGCAGAAAGACCAGGAAAAGACCACCAAGUACGCACCUUUAAGAUUGGAACUCAAACAGCAGCACAAGGGUUAUACCAAAGAUGUACUAGGAGCAUACUCAUCAGAAACCCGAGAAAAUGUGAAACUACUCCUUGGCAAGACAAAAGCUGACAAGACUUUAUUUAACAUGCAAAAGUCUGUAAUAUCAAGUAAAUCAGACUCAGGCCUGCGCGGUAGUUUUUUACUUUCGAGUUUUGUUUUACACGUGCAAAAUCAUCCGUAUUAUUAUUCGUUGAUUUUUUCGUAUCAGCUGGCUGCAAUCAUGCUCUUGACGACGAUUAUAGUUGGAAUGGCUGUAAUCUUUGGACCAGUAUCAGCAUCGGAAUCUUGGCGUUAUGGCAAGACCAGUGGUGGUGUGUAUGGUCCAGCAGAUUGGGGUCACGUGUCCAGAUAUUGUAAUGGUCGUGCCCAGUCUCCAGUUAAUAUUAUCCGAGAUAAUAUUGAAUAUGAUGAUGAUGAUGAUGACCACGACUUGCGCGUUUCGUUCGCCAACGCGGGUGGCCUUGUGACAGGAACUCUUGUUGACAAUGGACAUUCUCCUACUUUAAAAGUGGACAGAUCAAAAGGUGGAGCAAGUGUGAUCAAUCCAGUUAAUGGACAGAAGUACGUCCUCGUACAGUUUCACUUCCAUUUUGGAUGUACUGAUAACGUUGGUUCAGAGCACACGAUUGAUGGCAAGCCUUACCCAGGAGAGCUUCACCUGGUGUUCUACAACGCCAAAUAUGGCGACUUUUCGACCGCUGCCACUAAAACAGACGGCUUGACAGUGAUUGGUGUUUUCCUGAAAAAGGGGUCUAGUGGAGGAGAAGAACUAAAGACGUUUUCACAGAAUUUGAGGGCAAUAAUAAAAGAAGGAUCUCAGAAAGCUGGAGUUGCCGCCAAACUGGAUCACUUGGUUCCCGGUCUGUCGUCUGGUAACAGAUCAUACUACACAUACAAAGGAUCCCUGACUACCCCUGGAUGCUAUGAGUCUGUUAGAUGGGUGGUACUCAGGACUCCUAUCACUGCUGAUCAAGAAAUCGUAAGUAUCAACAUUGAUAUCAAUGUUAAAUAUAGAGAUGUAGUGAGUGGGGAGAUGGUACUUUACAGACGUAGGAGUGCCGGGCUGUCUGUUAAUAUUGCCUGUAACGUGCAGAACGAGAAAAGUUAA